CUUCCUUGUGAAGAUGGCGGCUCCCUUGUUUCUGCUGCUGAUUGUAGGGGUUUCUAUCCGUUUAUUUCUCUUUAGAUCCAGUUUAGCGGAUAUAAUCGCAGAGAGGGUGGAGGUCGUGUCUCCCCUGACCGCCUGGAAGAGAGUUAUAGAGGGUCUGGCUUUGCUCGACCUGGGAGUCUCACCGUACUCUGGAGAUGUUUUCCACGAGACUCCUCUCAUCAUAUACUUAUUUCAUUUUGUCGUGGACUAUGCUGAGAUAACAUUUAUGUUAGCAGAUGUCAUCACUGCGGUGGCUCUGUAUCUGGCAGUCAAGGAUUACAACACGCAAGUGUUGAAAAAGCAAAGGUUUGAGCUGGAGGCAGACCGUUACCCCAUGGACUGUCUGGAGCUGGUCCGGAGCCCCACACAAAUGUAUUAUAUCCCCCUCAAGGUCGCCAUGUUUUACAUGUUGAACCCCUUCACCAUUUUGUCCUGUGUCGCCAAAUCCACGUGUGGACUCAACAACGCCGUUCUGGGACUCUUCUUCCUCUGCACUAUUAAAAAAAAUAUCAUGUUGAGUGCCAUAUUUCUCGCCCUGGCCACAUAUCAGUCCAUGUACCCCAUCACCCUCUGUGCCCCAGCCAUGCUCUACAUCAUGCAGCGGCUGUAUAUCCCAGUGAACUACCGCUGGGGCAGUUUUUGGUGGUUCGUGGUUCAGUACCUCUUCAUUUAUCUGGGCAGUCUGUUCGUCAUCGUCUGCCUCUCCUUCUUCCUGCUCGGCUCCUGGGACUACAUUCCCUCUGUCUACGGAUUCAUUUUAUCUGUCCCAGACCUGACUCCAAACAUUGGCCUCUUCUGGUAUUUCUUCGCUGAGAUGUUUGAACACUUCAGGCUGUUCUUCCUCUGCGUCUUUCAGAUCAACGUGUUUUUCUACACCAUUCCUCUCUCCAUCAAACUCAAGGAGCACCCGGUGUUCCUGAUGUUCAUGCAGUUGGCCGUGAUGUCCAUCUUUAAAUCGUACCCCACAGUGGGAGACAUGGCUCUGUACUUGUCCCUCCUCCCGCUCUGGAGCCACCUGCACAGAUUCCUGAGAAACAUCUUCCUGGUCACGUGUGUGCUGAUCGCCUGCUCCGCUCUGUUCCCUGUUCUGUGGCAUCUGUGGAUCUACGCGGGCAGCGCCAACUCCAACUUCUACUACGCCAUCACACUGCUCUUCAACGUGGCUCAGAUUCUGCUGGUGUCAGAUUACUUCUACGCCUUCUUACGGAGAGAGCACCACCUCACGUACGGACUUUACCUGAAGAAGAAGGACGGCUCAGAGGCUACGCUCGUAUUAAAAUAACUCUUAAAGACCUCUUCAGUCCCGUUUGAAGACGCAGACCAGCCAGUGGACAGCACAGAUGAGUAUUACCUAUAAAGGGAAAGGCAUCUCGCCACACAGGAGGAAAUUAAAUCAAAACUCCGGAUCGCUGUUGGUGGAAGAUGCUGAGAGACUGAACGUAUUAAACCCAACUAAAACGUGGGAUGUAGACUAUGCCUUUUUUACUUUGAAACAUUUGGAACUUCCUCUAUAUAAAAAAAAAAAAAAUCUAGCUUUUAUUUUGAAACCUUCCGUCUUGCAAGAUUUUUUGUUGUUGUUUACUGUGAGUUUAUGCCGAAAUAAUUCCUGGAAUUCAAGUUUUGUGUACUUAUAUAUAUAUAUUUUUUUUCCACCAGUUCUUUUGAAUCAACACUGGAAGUUUUUACUCAUAGGAAUGUUGUUACGAAUGUUGAAAUUUCAGAUUUUUUUUUAAAAAUACAUAGAUUAAAGAGGGGGGUAUUAUGCAAAUUCAACUUUAUGGAGCUUUCUACCAUGUUAUAAUGUUCGCUUAUCAAAAACAUGCCUGAGGAGAUUUUAAAUGUCAUCCGUGCAAGUUUGAGUAAUUUAGUGACCUCUCCUAGGGCCUAUUCAAACCCUCCUUAAGGUUUAGCUGUAAGAUUCUGUCAAAUACUUCAUCCACAAGCCUCCUUCAUGCUCCCUACAUGACAUUUCUCCUUAAAUACAGUCGUCCCUCGCUAUUUCACGGUUCACCUUUCACGGUCUCCCUCUUUUGCUGAUUUUUUUAGUGCAAUUUUGCAUGCUUUUUUUUUUUUUUUUUUUUUUUUUAAACAGCGUAUGAACACAUUGUGUUUCUCCCCCUGCAUAGCCUCAGGAUUGACUAUUGUCAAUCAAUCUCCUCCGUGCCCUGUCUCCUGUACAGAAGAAAAUGUGUUCAGCUGCCAAAUUUACAUAAAUGUUCGAUCUCUACCAGUGUGAUUCUGAAGUGCUGCGUGAUCGGGCAAGUGCCGCGUUUACCAUGAGGUGCGGAGCUCUGCGUUGGUCCUUUCUUCUGUGGUCACCUCCAAACCUGUCCCGACAGUGAGUCCUGGUUCAGUUCUGGUUUAGUUCUGGAAUCAGGGCUGGGUUAGUCCUGGUGUAAUCUAGGUUUAGUCCGUGGUGUAUGCAGCGCAAAAGUUUCAUUUAAUCUUGGGUUAACGGGCAGGUGCAGUCUUGUACUGUGCUGUUGCAAUCUCCAAAAAUGGACCCGUGCAGGAAUCUGCACUGUAGGGCUCCAUUACAGAAUAAAUGAAUCUUGGGUUCAUUACAUAAAGAAGGAGGAAAAUAACAUAAGAACGACAGCAGCAAUAAGAAGGAUGCAAAAAGGGUAAACUGUCCUGUGUGAGAAAAGUGUAUACAGUGUGUGGUGAGGGGUUUUACAGCUUUAAAACAAUAUAAUAAUUGUAAAAUAUAAAAUUGACUACUUCGCAGAUUUCACCUAUCGCAAGUUAUUUUCAGAAUGUAACCCCGCGAUAAACGAGGGUCCACUGUAUACAAAAGCGUCAUACAAAGCAAUACACUACAACUUCACAAACCUGACACAAUGUGCAGUAGUUUCAUUAGUGGAAUGCACAACAAUUUGUGUUGUGAGUGACUUAGCACAGGGAGCAAAGGGAGGAGGUCUGAUUAAAACAAAAGUAAAACAUGUUAAUAUGUGUUUUUAGCAGAUGUAGCAUUUUUAAAACAAUAAAAGAUAACAUGUUGAUCUAAAUAUGUUACCCCAUAGACGUGUAAUACCCCCUCUUUAAGGCCUUACAAUUGAGGUUAAAAAAAAAAAAAAAGUAAGAAUAAGUGAAAUUUUGCUUACAGUUUAAUUACAAAGAAAACACAUUUUGUAGGCUAUUUAUCACCUUGGAAACUAGUUUGCCUUGACAUCAUAAAAUAUAAUUGUAAUAACUAACUCAAUACUCCUCCUACGCCUUUUUUUGUUCAUACUGCCAUAUUAAAAACGUUUCUGUAAACCAAAAUAAGGAAAAUACGAUUAUAAAGUGGGCUGCAUGUGUCUUUUCAAUACCCAGUUUUAGCAUUGACCUAAAAAUAAUAAUUGAUUUUCCAUGUUUAAAGAUACAGUAUGCCUUUUUAUUCACCUUAAUUAUAAUGUAUUUUGGUACUUGCUGCACUAAGGGUUAAGACUCAUUAACACUGAUUUUUUUUUAACAAGUUUAAUAUUCAAACAUUUUAAUUCAAAACAGCAGUUCUUAUUCAAAUCAUUGCGAAUUUGUGAGUAUAAUUUUAGCAUAACGUUGCAUAACUUUUGUGUUGGACGGUUUGUCAAAGGCUUUUCUUCCUGGAGAUGUUACUGCUUUGUCUGGAAUGUUUCACAGUAUGGCAUUAAACCUUUCUAUCUUCAUGGAGACCAAACCAGAUCAAGUUACAGGUCAGAUCUGUGGAGAGGCGACCCCACUCACAGUCAGAAUCCCUGUUUUUCUAGGUAUUUUUGAGCAAUAAAACCACCUGUAAUUUAAUAAAUGUAAAGUAGAGCUGUUUAAUGUCAAACUGUGGAACAUUCCAGAGCAAUGACAUAUGCGUAGAAACAAGCAAAUGACGGACUCUCCACCAGAAAAGUUACGCAAUGCAUCUUUAAAUGAAUGUUGCUUAAUUCGAUUUCCCCUUGUCCGUGUGAAGGCCAACGAAUGAAUGAACAAUGAUGUAAUAUUUAUUUAUUUUGCUGCACUGUAAAAAGAUUUAUUUUGUGUUCCUCCUUUGUGUUCAUUUGCUGUUUUGAUACAGUUUUGCUUUAAAAAGAAUAUUAAAAUGUUGGGUUUAUUAAAACAAAUUAUACUGAUAAUUAUGAUACAAA